AUGGUCAAGUUCGCCCUUGCCUCAAUCGCCCUCAUGGCUGUUAGCCUUCCUUUCUCCCUUGCGGACAACUGUACUCCCGGAAUCCGCUACUGUGGAUACAAUCUCCUUGCCAAAGGUGACUAUCUUGAGCAGAUCACUGAGGCACUCAGUGGCGCCAACCAACCCACUGAUAGCCAACAUGUGCGCCAGUCCUUUUUCGUGUGCACCGGCGGUCCGGGAGGUGAAAUCUCCUUCCAGAGGUACUGCGAUAACACCUGCCACGAUGGCGGAAGUGGCAAGAACGACUGGUGCAACUAG